GGCUAGAGGGGCCGGAGACGGGGGACAAACAAAAUCGGUAGCUUGAGCGGCUAGAGAGGUCGGACGUAAGUGGCUGUAGAAGUCGGGCAGACCCGGAAUACGGAGGAAUCGGGACCAUGACUUAUGCUUAUCUCUUCAAGUACAUCAUCAUCGGAGACACAGGAGUGGGGAAGUCAUGUCUCCUCCUGCAGUUUACAGACAAGCGGUUCCAGCCCGUCCAUGACCUCACAAUAGGUGUGGAGUUUGGAGCCCGUAUGGUCAACAUUGAUGGAAAACAAAUCAAAUUACAAAUCUGGGACACGGCCGGGCAAGAAUCCUUCCGCUCCAUCACCCGUUCCUACUACAGGGGAGCAGCGGGAGCACUGCUGGUGUAUGACAUCACAAGGCGUGAAACGUUCAACCACCUGACCUCCUGGUUAGAGGAUGCCCGCCAGCACUCCAGCUCCAACAUGGUCAUCAUGCUGAUUGGGAAUAAGAGUGACUUGGAGUCCCGCAGGGAUGUGAGGAGAGAGGAAGGGGAGGCCUUCGCUCGGGAGCAUGGAUUGAUCUUCAUGGAGACUUCAGCCAAAACAGCCUGCAAUGUUGAAGAGGCUUUCAUUAACACAGCCAAAGAAAUCUACAGGAAGAUCCAGCAGGGUUUAUUUGACGUGCACAAUGAGGCAAAUGGUAUCAAGAUUGGGCCCCAGCAGUCAAUUUCAACACCCGUCGGACCUAGUGCCUGCCCGCGGAGCCCUCGGGACACAGGGUCUGACUCUGGCUGCUGCUGAGCGUCUGGCCCACAUUUUUUUCCCCCUUCCUGGAACAGCUUCAGCUCAAUAGGCUUAAAGAAAGAGGUCUUACUUGCUUUGGCUGAGUACAGCCUCUUCUCAAGGUGUGAUGUUUGCCUUUCCACUUAAAGACCAGGGGAGAAUUGGGGCCCAUCCUGACCUGUCCUCCUUCAGGGACGUGAGCAUUCCCUAUAGACUAGGGCUCUUUUCAUCCUCAUUUUAAUUUAUAAAAUGUUAGGAUCAAAGUUGA